CCAACCUGAGAAGAUGUCAGGGAUGCAGGCCGUGUGGCCAUCCGGUACAGAAUGUAUCGCCAAGUACAACUUCCACGGUACCGCCGAGCAGGACCUGCCCUUCAGCAAAGGAGAUGUCCUCACCAUCGUUGCUGUCACCAAGGAUCCCAACUGGUACAAGGCAAAGAACAAGGUGGGCCGGGAGGGCAUCAUCCCUGCCAACUACGUGCAGAAGCGGGAAGGGGUGAAGGCUGGCAUCAAGCUCAGCCUCAUGCCGUGGUUCCAUGGGAAGAUCACACGGGAGCAGGCGGAGCGGCUGCUGUACCCCCCUGAGACAGGGCUGUUCCUGGUGCGGGAGAGCACCAACUACCCCGGGGACUACACCCUCUGUGUCAGCUGUGAGGGCAAGGUGGAGCACUACCGCAUCAUCUACUCCUCCAGCAAGCUCAGCAUCGAUGAGGAGGUCUACUUUGAGAACCUCAUGCAGCUGGUGGAGCAUUACACCACGGACGCGGAUGGGCUCUGCACCCGCCUCAUCAAGCCGAAGGUGAUGGAGGGCACAGUGGCAGCACAGGACGAGUUCUCCCGCAGUGGCUGGGCCCUCAACAUGAAGGACCUCAAGUUGCUACAGAUCAUUGGCAAAGGAGAAUUUGGAGACGUGAUGCUGGGGGACUACCGAGGGAACAAAGUCGCCGUGAAGUGCAUUAAAAACGAUGCCACAGCGCAAGCCUUUCUGGCCGAGGCCUCCGUCAUGACGCAGCUCCGGCACAGCAACCUGGUGCAACUCCUGGGGGUGAUCGUGGAGGAGAAGAGUGGCCUUUACAUCGUCACCGAGUACAUGGCCAAGGGCAGCCUAGUAGAUUACCUGCGGUCCCGCGGGCGGUCGGUGCUGGGUGCAGACUGCCUGCUGAAGUUCUCCCUAGAUGUCUGUGAAGCCAUGGAGUACCUGGAAGCCAACAACUUUGUCCACCGGGACCUGGCGGCGAGGAACGUGCUGGUCUCAGAGGACAACAUCGCCAAGGUCAGCGACUUCGGGCUGACCAAGGAGGCCUCCUCCACGCAGGACACAGGGAAGCUGCCGGUGAAGUGGACAGCACCAGAAGCACUUAGAGAAAAGAAAUUCUCCACCAAGUCGGAUGUGUGGAGCUUCGGGAUCCUCCUCUGGGAAAUCUACUCCUUCGGGCGAGUGCCUUAUCCAAGAAUCCCCCUGAAGGACGUGGUACCCCGCGUGGAGAAGGGCUAUAAGAUGGAUGCUCCCGAUGGCUGCCCUGCCGUCGUCUACGAGGUGAUGAAGAAGUGCUGGACCCUGGACCCCGGCCACCGGCCGUCCUUCCACCAGCUCCGUGAACAGCUAGUGCAUAUCAAAGAGAAGGAGCUCUACCUGUGA